CUUCGAUUUCUUGUCGUUUUGAGCAAUGAAAUCCGUUUGCAUGUCGUUAUUUCUCUGAUCAGUGUGUCGCUACGUGUUUAAUUACAUUGAAUCUCUAGCGUUUGAAUGAAUUGACGGCCGCAUGCAAGUGUGUUACUCUGUUAAUCUGUUAUUUGUGACAAUUUGAUCUUUUUUGUUUGAUUAAUUGUUAAUUUCGUGUUUUGUAUCGAUUAUUAUCGAGACAUUUUUUGUUUGGUUUUGCUCUUUCGUUUCGGUAUCUUAUUUAGCUGUUUUCGCCGAAAGACAGGUUGAUUUGGUUUUUGUCCGAGCCUGUGAUGAAUUGGUAGUUUGAAUGGGAUGUGACGAGAACAGUGAAAUUGGGUUCUUUAGGCUUCUCUUUUGUUCUGUGCGAGUAAUGGUGCUUGAUACAGGUGUAAUGGCGAGUGGCCAAAAGUUAUGCGUGGUUUCAAGUCUCAAAGAAGGAAUGGAUAGUCUACAUAUUGAAGAUUGAAGUGAAAGUGCAGUUUCUUCCCUUGCAAAUUUUGACAUAAGGAACGCAGUUCUGUUGGGAAUUCAGCACCAUGACGUCGUCUGUGCAUGACCAGUCAUCUAAUUCUGAUAAAGAUGCAUCAGAGGACCAACAAAAGCAAUCAGAACCACAAAUUGAACAGCAGACUGCUGCAAAUGGAGUGGUCAAUGCAGGCGUGACAUCCCCACCUACUGAGUAUACAGCACCUCCACAAGUUGAAGUCGGACUUGCUGUGGCUCAAGCUGCUUACCCAUAUCCAGAUCCUUACUAUAGAAGCAUAUUUGCCCCAUAUGGUGCACAACAUAUGAUUCAACCCCCAUUGGUAGCGGUUCAACCUGGCGUUCCAUUGCCAUCGGAUGCAGUUGAAGAGCCUGUUUAUGUGAAUGCUAAGCAAUAUCAUGGUAUCUUGCGUCGCCGACAGUCCCGUGCAAAAGCUGA